CAAGUAAAUGCACCAGACUCUUAAGUCUUCCCUUUGAAUUGACUCCUCUCACUCCCAAACAAAACCUACUGGAAAUUAAAACUUCUUCUCCCAUUCUCCUCCAUCACACAACACAUGGUGUGAUUCUUAAUCUCCAUUUACAUCUUUUUCCUCCGUCUUUCUGAUGGCUUUCCCUCUUAGAAAAUUGUUAUUUAAACCAACUCUUGAUCUUAGUGUCCACGGCAAUCCUGUUGUCUUAUGUUGUUGUGAAUAUGGUAAUGAGCAAAGGUGUGUCGUUUCAGAUCUUAAGAACUGCCCAAAUUAUAUUAAGUGCUUUAUUUUGCCUCCUUCUCCUCCGCUGCCACGAAGGCUUCCACCGGCGACUCCGCCUCCGCCACAUGAUCCCAACACAGGCCUUAGAGAAUCAGCCAUAGCCGCUCUCGCUAUCUUGGCUUGUGUUAUAAUUGCUGUACUUUUUUUUUGUAUUCUUUGUGCACUUGGAAGAGCUUUAUACUUGAGGAGGAGCAGAUCUAGAGGAAGAAGAGACCCCCCAAUAAUUUUUGAUACACAGGAAGAUUUUUUUGAUGAAGAUCUGGGACCUCAAGUGCAUCAUCAUAUUUGGCACAUCACGACGGUUGGUUUACCGCAAUCCGUAAUCGAUUCUAUUGCAGUUUUUAAGUAUAAAAAUGAAGAUGGGUUAAUUGAUGGAACAGAGUGCUCUGUUUGUUUGAAUGAGUUUCAAGAAGAUGAGAGUCUUAGGUUGUUACCAAAGUGUAGCCAUGCCUUUCACAUGCCUUGCAUUGACACUUGGUUAACGUCACACAAGAAUUGCCCUUUGUGCCGCGCUCCUAUAAUGUCCGGUGCAGUUGUUGCUCAAGGCAGCGAAUCUGGGUCGAGUUCUAGCGGAUUAGAUUCGAGAAAUGAAAAUGUGGUGGAGAAUUUGGGCGAUUAUAGUGGUGAUGGAAGUAUUGAUGUGGGACAAGGUGAGACUAGUGAUAAUAGUGGUACAAUAUCGAGUGAUGAAGAUGCAUCUGAAAAUUCUAACAAGGAUUUGCCUCUGAAUAUCAGAAAUAAUGAAUUUGAUGCUCGGGUACUUAGCGAUUUGACUGAAAAUAGUCGUGUGGUUGAAGACGAUUUGCAACCAAUGAGGAGGUCAAUUUCUCUGGAUUCAUCUUCCGCCGCGAUGAUUUACAAUGAUGUGGCUGGUGAUGUUGUUCAAAAUAAGCAAAAUUCUGGUCUAAACACUCGGAUAGUGAACGCCAAGAACUUGAAAUUGAAGAGUGUAUCAAGACGGAUCAGUGGAACUUCAGGCAUAUCCAAAUUGAUGAAGAGUUAUUCGAUUGGUAUGGGUUCGUCAUUGCAGAAGGGGUCGAUUUCGAUGAAAAGGUCAGGGUCAUCUGGUGGAAAAUCUUCAUCAUCAAGACAUGGUAGACGCCACUCAAUCCUUUCACUAUGAAGGUUAUGUUUUGAUCGUUUCAAAUUCAGAAUUUCAUGCCUGAUUCUACAAUCUAGGCAAUCUGUAGGACCUUUAUAUUUUCACCAAAUAAAAUAAAUAUAAACCAUGAGCUGAGGUAAUUGUAUAAAUAUCAUAAGUAAUUUUUGCAUGAAUCGUUGUAGACAUAAAACUUCCUUCCAACUAUGUAUUUGAAAUUAAGUCUGCUAUUUGUGGUUUUACCUUACCAAUUUGAUACUUGAAUACAGGUGUAAGAUUUCAUCAUCAAAGUUUUUUGCUCAA